GUCGGUCAAAGUUAGUAAACAAUCAAACAAAUUAUAAAUUGAGACAGAGAGCAAUAUACUUUAAGUAUGAAUUUAAUUUUUUUAUUUUUCGUAAAAAAAUUAAUAAAACGAAUCGGUCAAAUUGGAUUUAAAAAAGUGAAAUAAAUUAUAAAUUAUGACAGAAUGGGUAUUAAACAACACUUGGAUGCUCAAGUUUUAUACAUAAGCUUUCUCCAUUCUACCUCUUUAUAUAGUUUGAUUGAAUAAUAUUGUAGCAACUUUACCGACUCUUCUCUGCUGGCAUGUUCGUGUUAUUUAUGAACAAUGACGUGCAUUGUCAACUAGGCAACAAUAUUGAGGUGCAAAAAAGUCCAACUGAAAGACAAAACCAGGCCAAGUGGCAGGCCACCGCAAGCAAAAAGAUUCGGUCAUUGCGAGCCAACAAAAACCUCCCAGCACUGGCAAGAACAGGGAAUCGUCCCCUCCCUCCGUCUCCACCGCCCACCACUGAUCGGAUCACGUCGGCGUCCCAUCUCCUCCUCCACGACACAGAACGCCGCUCCCUUUCCGGGAUUCUCCUCUCCAAUCGCAGCUAAAACGCAACGCACUGGAUCGGACGUCGCCAAAAAGAUCGGUGGCGACACCAUAAAGAAAGAAUCCGAGAAAAGGCGAAAGGGGAGGAGAGAAAGGGGAGGUACAAAAUUUCUACCCGCUAGAGGUUAGCUAGCUCGGCGGCGAGGGAACGAGAGACGCCCUACCGUCGAUUCCAUAUCGUCGCUCCGAUAUUCUGAUGCCGGAAUCCUGCUUUUCCGGCUAGCUUACCGAUACCUCCUAGCUCACCAUUUCUUGGAGUUUGGUGUCCUUUCUCGAGUGUUUCCUUCCUCCCUCCCGGGUUCUACUGCUGAGUGGCAUCUUUCUUGUGCGACUUGUCCGUUGACCACAGGCGGAGAAAUUUGUUCUCGGCACACAUUCUCUGCCACAAUGGACGAUGGAGCUGACCUCCCCUGCCAACUGCUCUUCUCCCACCCGGAGAUGCCUGACAGCUUCGACGAGUUCUUCAACAGCGCCACGACGACCUGCACCCACACGCACAGCUGCAACCCGCCCGGCCCCUCGGUCGCCAUGCACACCCACACGUGCCUGCACGCGCACACCCUGGUCCUGGGCAGCGGCGGGGAGGACGACGACGACGCCAGGGAGGACUCGGCGAAGCCGCGCAGACCGCUGGGGAACAGGGAAGCUGUGCGCAAGUACCGGGAGAAGAAGAAGGCGCACGCGGCCUUUCUGGAAGAGGAGGUCAAGAAGCUCCGCGCCGCCAACCAGCAGCUCCAGAGACGGCUGCAGGGCCAUGCAGCUUUGGAGGCGGAGGUGGCGAGGCUCCGGGGUCUCCUGCUCGAUAUCCGGGGCAAGAUCGACGCCGAGGUCGGCGGCGUGCUCCCUUUUCAGAAGCCGUGCAGUGUGGGCUCCGUGGCGUGUGCCGAUCCUGCUCUGUGCUUCAACGGCAACUCGGAGGUUGGAGGCGGCUGGGAGGAGAGCUCAAGACCGGCAGCCGCGGACUGCAGGAUCGAUGAAGUGCGAGGGAUGUCACGGGAAAUUGAUGUCCCAGAAGGCUUGCGUCAUUCCAUGGAUGUUGUUGCGAGCUUCGUGAGUUCUGAUCCCCUGGCUGAAUGAGCGCGUUUGCCUGAUUGGCAGUUUUUUUUUUUUGGGGCCUCUGCCAGUGCCAGCUUCUUUUGGCUUGCUUGAAAGGUCAAAUUUUCAUGUAAUUAGAAGAAUUGAGGAACUGAUAAUGAGUGGAACUACCUCCACUGUGGUCCAUGCUUCUUGUGCUGGUGUUCAGUGUGUAUAGCUGAGAUUAUAUUGAACUAAUAUAAAUGCACUGAACACUGUUUACAUCUGAAAAAAGGUCA